AAAAACCCACUUGAAAGCAGAACGGCUUCAUAACUUCCUUGCAGCAGUGAAGCUGCAACAGGCCACUCAAACUCUUAAAACUAGCCAUGGCUUCCUUUGAAGACUAUGAUAACAACUAUGGCAAUUUCACCAAUUUACCCGACUAUAAUGACACAGAGUUCACCGGCGAUUUUCCACCUGAGAUUCAACCGAUCCAGAUCGCGGCUCUGGUCUUCUACGGCAUCGGCUUCCUGCUGGGUGUGCCCGGUAAUGCUGUGGUGGUGUGGGUGACGGGGUUCUGCAUGCCCCACUCUGUCACCUCUCUCUGGUUCCUCAACCUCGCGCUGGUCGAUCUUCUGUGCUGCCUCUCCCUCCCGCUGCUCAUGGUCCCUCUGGCCCAUGACGACCACUGGCACUUUGGGCCCCUGGCCUGCACAUUAAUCAAAAGCCUGUUUCACCUGCUGAUGUACUGCAGCGUCCUGCAGCUGGUUUUGAUCAGCGUGGACCGCUGGAUGCUGGUCAGCCGACCCGUCUGGUGUCAGAACAACAGGCGCCAUAAGCGGGCUGUCUGGGUGUGUGUUGCCGUCUGGUGCUUGGCCCUGGUGGGCAGCAUCCCCCAGUUUGUUUACAUCAAGGAGAUCAAAGCCGGUGACGACAAGCGAGAGUGUGUGACGGUGUACACUCCCCUCAGUGCCUGGCUCGUCACAUCCUACCGCUUCCUGGUGGGAUUCUUCAUCCCUUUCGUGGUGAUCGUGGUCUGUCACUCGGUGGUGUACAUGAGAGCGGAGGGCGGGAUGCCAAAAGGUCGGACCCGCUCCAAGCGCACGCUAAAGGUCAUCAUCGCUGUGGUGCUGAGCUUCUUCCUGUGUUGGCUCCCACUGCACACUGUGGACUUCCUCACAUUGACGAUCCCUCGGAGUUCCCCCCACAGGCCCACAGUUUACCUGGCACAUGUUUUAACACUGUGCCUGGCCUACUUCAACAGUUGCCUCAACCCGCUGCUCUAUGUGUGUCUGGGCCGGGGCUUCAAGAAAAGCAUGAACCGCUCCCUGCGCAGCAUGCUGCACUUCAUCAGCGAGGACCCAACGACCAAGGUGAGCAUCGCUAAUACCGAGACCAAGAGCUCGAGCUAUGGGAAGGAGACAACCAUCUGAUGCUGUGUUGAGAACUGCAGUACCGAACGUGUUCUUCCUCUGGGUUUCAUAAACUGUCAUAAAGUAAAUUAAAGUAAUUUAAAACAAACUCCAUCUAAAGGACAAACUUCAACAUUUGAACUCUUGAGCAGCCCAAUCCUGUGGUUUUACAAGCUAUUAUGAGAAGGAGUUUUGCUGAUGCAGUUGAAUGAAAUGCAAAGAUGUUAUCCCGACUGCCUCAAGAUUGCAAAUCGGCAACUAUUUGCCUCUAUUUCCUGUGAACACUCAUGUCUUACACAACAAUAACAACUUCUCAUUUAUGCUCCUACAGAAGAAUGAUCUCAGGCGGUGUUUGAAGGCAUUUCUGUUAUAAAUGAUCUGAUCUUUUUAUUGCUUUUUGUUUGUUAUAAUUAAAGGUUGUUGUUCUAAAUCCUUAUUAAACUUUUCUUGUAAUACUUCAUUUUAAGAGUCAUGUCCUCUUGCAUAACAGCAGCCUACCAUGCAUAGACCACAAGAGGGAGCUACACUCCAAAUCUCUGAUGCUCAAUGACCAAGGUGCAUGGAGGUGCAUGGAGGUGCAUGGAGGUGCAUGGAGGUGCAUGGAGGUGCAUGGAGGUCCUGAGUGGAGAAACAGAGUGUGUGAGACCCUCAAGACAAAAAGGACAAUGAAAUGUACUUUUUUUUUUUUUACCACUUUCCUAUACUGCAUAUGCAUGUUAAUUUAUGAUGUUUUAAAUGGGUCUUGUUGUGCCAGGGCAAUCGAAGAAUAAACUAAACAAUAACUACCAAA